UGGUUUCAGAGACAACCCCCCCACAAUCAUCUCAACCCAAAGAGAGCCCCCCCCCCCGAGAGAGAACACGGCGCUGUUCUCCUGAUUAGAGUUUUGACGGUCCCGGGCGGGUCAAGACAACACACGGCUUCAAGAUGACGUCUGUCCUCAUUCAGGAGCCCUCCUCGGUCGCGUCCGCAUCAGCACAGGUGACGCCUUCAACCCAGAGGGGUCAGCCCACCCUGCCCCCUCAAUUUCCUGAAGGCAAAUCGAACACCAAGGACAAAGCCACCGCCAGUAAUGAAGAAACAGACUCCGAGGACUCCGAGGACUUCGAGGACUCCGAGGACGAAUGGGAAGGUUUGGUAACCGACUGUUGUGGAAGAGCAUGGCCCGCCGCCAUAUUCAAAAAGCAGGAUCCGCCACCUGUUCCUAGGCCUGGAGAUGAGAAAUGGGUUGUUUUCAUCAUCAAUUAUCCAAGACAGCGGGUUCUCAACACCAAGGAGUUCGCCGAUAUGGUGAACCAGAUGGAAUGUGAGCUGAAGAUCAUCGAGGAAGACGUUCCCAAAUGGCACCCGCAGCUCCGGGGCAAGUGGACCAUCGCGGCCAUUCCCCACCACAUCUUCUGUCCUCCCUACACAAAUGAGUGCUCCAAGCAUCUUUGGGAUUAUGCGGUCAAGCGACUGAAGCUGAAAGAAGCUGAGGGUGUCAUGUACUACACGCAACGCGAGUGGAAUGGCUUCGUUGGAGGCAACGUUGACUGGCCCUGGGACAUGUAAACCCCAUCGCCCGAGCUGUUAGCUUCUCUGUGUGUAGCCUCUUGAUCAUGAGUUUUUUUCUGUGAAGGAUCAUCCCCUUACUAAGAAAGAGAAGAGUUUUACAUCAAUAGGGCAGUUUGUUAAGCAUCCAAAUUGAUAUUCUGAUUUUGAUUUUUCAUGUUUUUGUGCUUUAUGAGACAGUGGACUACAUGGUGGGAAGCAGAGCAGAUCCAAUAAGUCAGGUCAGGUAAAGAAUUGUUACUGCACUGCUUGGAUGACGUUGUUAUGGAGGCCAGAGAUCAUGCGAUGUCACUUCUCUGUUGAGGAUAUCCACGACAGUGCGGUACGCACCCAUGUAUCUCUCUCUACGUGAGCCAAUCCCCACAGCAUCCCAUCCGGCUGGACCUUGGCGAG